AUGAAUUUAUUCUCGUUUUUGUUGAAGGCGUCCACUGUCUUCCAUAGGGCAAGUCCUGCUGCCGCUGCCAAGGUGCUUAGCGGUGGCACCAUUAUCGCUUUCGAUCAGGACGCCGAGUCACUUCAGGUAAUACGACAUGGCUCGCUUCUUAUUGACAAAGACAGAAUAACUUCCGUUUUUGAUGCGUCCUCCCCGAUUGUGGUGCCACCCGGUGCGGAGGUGAUUGACUGCACAAACAAGAUUAUCACGCCUGGUUUCAUCGACACUCACCGUCAUGGAUGGCAAACAGUCUUCAAGACGAUGGGUUCCAACACAACCCUUGCAGAGUAUGCCGGGCGGUACAGUGCCAUGGUAGCCGAGCCUCUAUUUACCCCCGAUGACCUCUACAUCAGUCAGAUAACGGGUAUUUACGAGGCUGUGGCAGCUGGCGUCACAACUAUACUGGACCAUGCGCACCACACCUGGAGCCGCGAACAUUCGGCUGCAGGUUUUAAUGCCUCUGUUGACAGUGGCUCUCGGAUCUUCUUCGCUUACACCUUUCAAAACGCUUCUACCGGAUUUGGUAUCCAGGACCAGAUUAUUCAUUGGCGCGAGCUUGCCGCUAAAAUCUCUAGCAACCUCACAGAACUUGUUGUAGGCUAUGACGAUUGGACAGCUAAUCCCGAUGGAGCCGACACACUAGCUGUGUUAGAUCUGAUCUAUAAAAACAACGUGUCAGUACUCACAACGCACCAUGUCGAAGGACCGUGGAUGUUUGGGAACUCUCCAGAGGAUCUCCAUCGGGUUGGAAUUCUCAAUUCAAGCAUUCCUAUUGUUAUAUCGCAUGCUUCAUUUCUUGAUGCAAGAGGAGCUGCGUUGCUAAGAAGCACGAACAAACACAUCUCAAUCACCCCCGAAAGCGAGAUGCACUAUGGCCAUCUUCACCCGACGUCCCAUCUCAUUCUUGACCAGGCUUCGCUAGGAGUUGACACGCAUUUCACUUUUUCAACAGAUAUCCUCACGCAGGCACGUCUCUAUCUCCAGUCAGUGCGAUACCGCGUUUACGAAAAUACCAUCGAUCGAUGGCAGCUCCCUGCUCAAAGCCCAAUGUCUGUCAAUCAGGCGUUCCUACUUGCAACUAGGAAUGGCGGGUUGGCCCUGGGCCGCGAGGACCUGGGCAUCAUUGCACCGGGCGCGAAAGCUGAUAUUGUGGUCUGGGAUGGGAGAUCUCCUGCAAUGCUGGGAUGGGCCGACCCUGUGGCAGCCAUCAUUUUGCAUGCCAGCGUGGGCGAUAUCAAACACGUCCUUGUGGAUGGUGAGUUCAAGAAGCGUGACGGUGAACUCACCAUCGACAAGUAUGCAGGAUUGCAGGAUCGCUUCUUAGCAAGCGCCGAACGCAUUCAGCGUAUCCUGAGAGAAACACCAUUGCCGUCCCAGGAAGGCAGCUUCCUGACUGGGACCCCUUAUGGCUACGUUUUGCAGGUAGACGCACGUCGAGGUGAUGGAACGGGGUAUGGUCCCAAUUUUGUGUAA